AUGUUAAGGAAUAGUGGAAAGCGGUGGUGGGUUGGAUUGUUGGCAAUAAAGAAGGGGGCCUUGGAUAAUAUUGAAUGGCCCGAGUUCAAAACCUUGUUCUUUAAGGAGUUCCGGACGGAGGCCGAAGUUACUAAGUUGAGAAGUGAAUUCCUCAAUGAUUGUCAAGGCAAUAUGAGCUUAAAUGAAUUCCGAGUUCAACUUUUGGACAAAGCACAAUUUUGUCCGGAAUUUCUAGAAAAUGAUCAAUUGCUUAAAGAGCAAUUCUAUUUGAAGUUGAGGAAGAAUUUACGAGAGAAGAUUAGCCUACGCCAAAUGGAUUCUUUUUCCAUGUUGGCGGAUGUGGCUAGGAAUCAUGAGAUUGAGUUGUCAAGGGUGGAUGAAGGUGAAUUGAAGAGGAAGCACGAAGAAACGAACUCUCCUAACAAGCGCCCUAGGCAAGAGGGUAGUUCCGGUAAUCAUACUAAUAGGAGGAAUGUUCCUUUUUGCCGUCAAUGCAAGAAGAAUCAUUCGGGGGUAUGUAGGGCGGCGGAGAAGGGUUGCUAUACAUGCGGAAAACUGGGAUACACAAUCCGGGAAUGCAAGUCGAAACCGCAUAAACUAGUUAUAUGUUUUAAGUGCUAUGAAGAGGGGCAUAUGAAAAGUUCAUACCCUAAGUUGACCGAAGAAGAAAGACUUGAAGAGAGGAGGAGGGAGGCAGAGAGAAAGAAUGCCCAAGCUUAUGGGAAUCAACAGGGGAGAUCGGUCCAACUAACAGUGGAACAAGCUAGGAAUGCGGAUGAUGUCGUUAUAGGUACAUUUCUUGUAUACAAUGUGCUUAUGCGAAUUCUCUUUGAUUCGAGGGCGAAUAAAUCUUUUGUUGCAACUAGGGUAAUUCAUGUUAUACCCGUGUGUAAGUCGUGUCUAGAAAAUACCUUGCAAGUUGAGGUUGGUAAUGGUAGGAUAAAAUUAGUGAAGGAUGUGUAUAAAGGGUGUGAGAUCAAAAUUUCCUCGGAGCUCUUUCAAGCCAAUUUAGUUCCCUUUCCAAUGGGAGAAUUUGAUGUAAUCUUGGGUAUGGAUUGGUUGACCUCUUUUAAUGCUAAAAUCGCGUGUGAUGAAAAGGCGAUAUAUUUAAAGACCUCCAAGGGUGAAGACUUGGUGGUUUAUGGUGAUAGGAAAGAACGUUCUAUAUACAUUUGUACAUUCACUCGUGCCAAACAUUAUUUGUCCCAUGGAUGUUCAUCCUAUCUAGCUCACAUUGUUGACACUGAGAAGAAACCUCCAUCUAUAAAAGACAUUCCUAUUGUUAGUGAAUUUGCUGAUGUUUUUCCCGAAGAAUUGUCGGGCAUUCCUCCCGAACGGCAGGUCGAGUUUUCCAUUGUGUGA